AUUUUUGAAAAUCUGCUCUAUGUGUCCGCAAAUCAGUCGUUACCCCACAAAUCUGUUCUAUUCCUCCCCAGCCAGCGAUGGCGCCACCGCCACCGCCACCGGCCGGUUCGUCCGCCAUUGACGCCCUUCAAUUUCUCAGCACUGCCCUUUCCCAGCGCGGCCCUUAUGCCCUGCCCUACGCCGAGGAGACCAAGUGGCUCAUCCGCCAGCAUCUCGUCUCCCUCAUCGAAGCCUACCCCUCACUGCACCCGCAAACUUCCUCCUUCACCCACAACGAUGGCCGCACGGUCAACCUUCUCCAGGCUGACGGCACCAUCCCCAUCGUAUUUGGCAACGUCUUCUACAACAUCCCAUUAUCCAUCUGGCUCAUCGAGCGUUACCCCCUUUCCCCUCCCUCUGUCUUCCUCAAUCCUACCCCUCAGAUGGUAGUGAAAGCUAAUCAUCCACACGUCGAUCGCUCCGGCUGCGUCCACGUCCCCUACCUCCAGAACUGGGUUUACCCCUCCUCAAACCUGGUUGACCUUGUCCGUUCCCUCUCCCAGAUCUUCAGUAACGACCCUCCUCUCUUCUCCCGCCAAAACCCUAACUCUAAUCCUCCCCCAAAUCCCAUUCCAUCCCCCUCCCCUCCCCCUAAUGCAUCCCGAUUCUUCUCCUCACUGUCUCCCUACGCCUCCCGGCUACAGGGUAGGCUGACUGAAGACGCCAAUGAGGUUUUCCGACGAAACGCCAUAAACAAGAUAAUUGAAGCUGUCCACGCUGACAUCGCCGGGCUCCACAAAGCGCGGGAGGCGGAAAUUGAGGGGCUAUUCGCCAUCCAGGCCGAGCUCCGGCGCCGGGAGCAAGAGCUCGCCUGUGGGAUCCGCGAAAUGUUGGAGGAGAAGGAGGGGCUGGAGCAGCAGCUCCGACUUGUGCUCAUGAACAUGGACUUGCUCGAGGGAUGGGUUAGGCAAAAUGAGGGGAAGUGGCCGCACGAGUUUGAUGUGGAUAAUGUGUUUCAGCCGGCUGAUGUGCUCUCCAGACAGCUGCUUGAGUGCACUGCGGCGGACCUUGCAGUGGAAGACACAAUCUAUUCUUUGGAUAAGGCAAUGCAGGAGGGAUCGAUACCAUCUGAUAUGUAUUUGAAGAAUGUAAGGGCGCUGUCGAGAGAGCAGUUCUUUCAUCGGGCCUUGGAAACUAAGCUGCGAGCUGCACGUGUUCAGUCUCAGGUCACAAGCAUGGCCGCUAGGGCAUCGCAUUAUGCUUCAUAGGAGGGCAGUCCUAUGGUUGUUGUUAUUGGUUGAGGCUAAUUCUAUUGGCUAAAACAUUUUUUGGUUCUUUGGAGCAUUAUUGAUUCCCUAUUAUGUGCCAGUUGCGACUUGGUUUACAAUGGUUUAUAAUGCAAUGUUGGUGAUGGUUCUCAAGUUUGAGGGAGUUUUUAGGGUGCGACGGAUAUGCCAUUUUCAAUUGUCUUUUCUAUGCCUUAUUCUUGUUGUGAGGUACUCGUUCCUUUUUUGUCGUUUCCCUAUUUAUUCACCUAUCUUUUUCUACAUAAACUGGUAGACUGACUCUCUACAUGAAUUCAAUGAUGGGUUGCUUUGAUUUUGGAACAUAAUACAACUUAUCUAGAUUUUCCUUGUAUUAAC